AUGGGCGGACUAGCAAUAAGGUCGAAUUUAGAAAAGACGCCGGCGACCGUUUCAAGAUGCGAGGAGGCGCUUGAAGACGGGGACUCCGGGGAGGUGAUUCACUUCCUCCGAGGCAUAACCACCGAUAUAUUCCAUCGAUGGUGCCCGUUUACCAGCUGGCACUCAUUCUUCAGUGAAAAAAACUACAAAAACUGUUGCAUUGUGCAUAUUGUGUUUAGCAUGGCGACUGUGCUGGAUUUAGUGAGACAUUAUCAACAUUCAAUAGAAAAAUCUUUAAAAUAUGACAACGACGAGCAAAAGAUUUUGAAAUGCAUAGACAAAUUAUUCAACCUAGACGUGACCGUCCAACACCUGCAAGAAACAGGAGUUGGGAGAACUGUGAACGCUCUGCGGAAGGAGCCCGGUGAUGUAGGCAGCGCAGCUCGGUCACUCGUCAACAAAUGGAAACUUAUGGUGGCAGCGGAAGAGAGUGACGAAGAAGAUCACAACAACUACAGUGAGACAAAACAUGCCAGUUGUAACGGACAUGAGAAUGGAAGGAGCGACCGCUAUGAAAAAUCUAGCCCAAUCAUAAAAACGGAACCAAAACUGAUGAAUGGAAACUACAGUGGAAAUAAGAUCAAGAGAAAAUAUAACAGUAGUGAGGAUGAAGAACCUGACAGAAAAAAGACGAAAAGUUCUAGUUAUGGGAGUCAUGAUGACAUUAAAAAGAAAUCAGCAGACCAAGUAAAAAAAGAACGCUCGGAAACUCGUGACGAUUCCAGAGUAAAAAAAGAGCAGUCUGAAAGUGAUGAUGACUCUGAUGAUAGCAAUGAUUCAGAGAGUGACAAUAGUGACUCUGAAAUGUCUGAAUCUUCGGAAGAAGAAAAGCCUAGUAAGAACGAAUCGAAACAAGUUACCACUCACAAUCAUAAGUCCUCAUCAUCUUCCAAACAAUCAACACACAGAAGUCCAAAAGACUCUUCGAGUAACAAAGAAUCUACAAGUUCAAAUAAAUCACAAGAGUCUGAAAAACAUUCUAAGAAACAUCACAAUACAGAAAACACAGAUAAACAUUCAUCCGAUAGACAUUCAUCAAAAGAAAAAUCUCAUAGUAGUUCUCAGAAGCACAAAAGUUCAAAGGAAAAUGAUAAAAGCGAGAAAAGUUCCAAAUCAGACAAAAAUUCGUCUGAAAAAGAUAGGAAACAAAAAGAAGAUCCCAAACCAACUUCUUCAACUUCAUCAUCAUCAAAACAUAAAAGUGAUUCUGACAAGCAUAAAUCUUCUAAGCCAGACAAUAAUGUGGAAAAACAACAUCACUCUAGUAAAUCUGACAAACAUAAAAGUUCCAGUUCCAGUCAUUCACAAAAAUCAGAAAAAGACAAGCACAAAAGUUCAUCAGAGAAAGAAAUCUCGAAUGAAAAACAUAAGUCGAAACAUGGUAGUAGUUCAAAAGAGAAACACAGUUCCUCUAGUAAAGAGAAGUCAAAAGAAAGCAGUAGUAGUUCAAAGGAUAAAACUGAUAGUUCUAUGAAAGAUAGUCAUAAGAGCGAGAAAAAACACUCGUCAUCGAGUGAGAGUAAAUCUAAACACAGUGAUAGUAAACACAAGGCUGAUAAGCGUGAUGAGGGAAGUAGUGAAAGUAAAUCUAAGAGUAAAUCAAGUUCCUCGUCAUCACACAAAAGCAAAUCCAGCAGCAGCAGCAGUAAGUCGAAAGACGAAGUACCAAAGAAAACAAAUCAAGUAAAUAGUAGUGCAGACAGUGAUGAUGGCAUCGACUGCGGUUCAGGUGCUAGUUUUGCUGAAGCUCUAGGCAUGAUAAGUCCUGCUAAACCCAAAAAGAAAACUGCACCUGUAAAAGAAACGUCCAACUCUAAUCACAAUGAUCUAAGCCCAGCGUCUCUAUUAGCGCCCACCGCGAAGCUAGCGCCGCUGCCCGCGAUUGAAAUAUCGGCGCUGCCCGAGAUAUCUCCCAACUACAAGCCGCGGCCGCCGCCCAAGCUGCUGCCACACUUCACAGAUGAAGACGCGAUGAGCAUGACCAUGUCUUCCAAGAACCAAAGGUAUGAUUCUAUUGACAAACGGGAGAAUUCCACAGCGAAACUAGCCAUCGAGAUAUCAGCGCUGCCCGAGAUAUCACCGCUCAAGUUGCUGCCACACUUCACAGAUGAAGACGCGAUGAGCAUGACUAUGUCUUCUAAGAACCAAAGGUAUGAUUCUAUUGACAAACAGGAGCAUUCCACAGCGAAACCAGCCAUCGAGAUAUCAGCGCUGCCCGAGAUAUCACCGCUCAAGUUGCUAUCACACUUCACAGAUGAAGACGCGAUGAGCAUGACCAUGUCUUCUAAGAACCAAAGGUAUGAUUCUAUUGACAAACAGGAGCAUUCCACAGCGAAACUAGCCAUCGAGAUAUCAGCGCUGCCCGAGAUAUCACCGCCCAAGCUGCUGCCACAUUUCACAGAUGAAGACGCGAUGAGCAUGACCAUGUCUUCUAAGAACCAAAGGUAUGAUUGUAUUGACAAACAGGAGAAUUCCACAGCGAAACCAGCCAUCGAGAUAUCAUCGCUGCCCGAGAUAUCACCGCCCAAGUUGCUGCCACACUUCACAGAUGAAGACGCGAUGAGCAUGACCAUGUCUUCUAAGAACCAAAGGUAUGAUUCUAUUGACAAACAGGAGCAUUCCACAGCGAAACUAGCCAUCGAGAUUUCAGCGCUGCUCGAGAUAUCACGGCCCAAGUUGCUGCCACACUUCACAGAUGAAGACGCGAUAAGCAUGACCAUGUCUUCUAAGAACCAAAGGUAUGAUUGUAUUGACAAACAGGAGAAUUCCACAGCGAAACUAGCCAUCAAGAUAUCAGCGCUGCCCGAGAUAUCACCGCUCAAGUUGCUAUCACACUUCACAGAUGAAGACGCGAUGAGCAUGACCAUGUCUUCUAAGAACCAAAGGUAUGAUUCUAUUGACAAACAGGAGAAUUCCACAGCGAAACUAGCCAUCGAGAUAUCAGCGCUGCCCGAGAUAUCACCGCCCAAGCUGCUGCCACACUUCACAGAUGAAGACGCGAUGAGCAUGACCAUGUCUUCUAAGAACCAAAGGUAUGAUUCUAUUGACAAACAGGAGAAUUCCACAGCGAAACUAGCCAUCGAGAUAUCAGCGCUGCCCGAGAUAUCACCAUCCAAGCUGCUGCCACACUUCACAGAUGAAGACGCGAUGAGCAUGACCAUGUCUUCUAAGAACCAAAGGUAUGAUUCUAUUGACAAACAGGAGCAUUCCACAGCGAAACUAGCCAUCGAGAUAUCACCGCCCAAGUUGCUGCCACACUUCACAGAUGAAGACGCGAUGAGUAUGACCAUGUCUUCUAAGAACCAAAGAACCAAAGUGUACUCUGGUAACAAAGUGAUAGGAAAAAUACCGACUUUGUACGAAAUGUGUGUACAAGUUCUUCAAGAACAUAUAGAUGCCCUAGAGUACACCGGCGGAGUGCCGUACGACAUACUGAAGCCGGUCAUCGACCGCGCCACGCCGCAGCAGUUGUUCGUGCUGGAGCAUUAUAACCCUUAUCUCAUGGAGGAUACGGAUCACCUCUGGCAGAAGUUCUGCGGGAAGAACUUCAGGAACAAACAGCGGCAGGAGAUGGAGACGUGGCGGGAAAUGUAUAUGAGAUGUCAAGAAGAACAAGAACACAGGCUGAAAUCGCUUACGGCCAAUAUCAGGAUAGCGCAGGAGGCCAAGAAAGCGCCCAUCAAGCAGACCAAAAUGGCUUACGUAGACAGCGUCGUCAAACCGCCGAGAAACAUUGCUAGAAAACAAGCACUGCACGGCACAGCCCACGCGGCGUCAGCCAGUCCAGCGGCGCGUGUGGCCUCACUGGCCGCGGCGCCCAACGUGCUCCGAGGCAACACCAGGCCCACGCCCACGGUGACUACAGGCUCCUCCUUCAAGCCCAAGAAGGCCCCGUUAAUGCAGAAGGCUCUUCAAUUCAUGCGCGGCCGUAAGCGAUGAUAACACGCCGCCCGCCUGCUUGUAUCAGUGAUGUAUUUACCGUUUUCUUUAGACUGUCUGUUUUACUUUUUGAUUUACAGCGUGCAUGGUUCAUCGUUUGGGACUGGUUAAAAUAUAAUUAAGCAAUAUUAUUCAUAAAAGACAUGAGUUGCUCAUCUACAUUUGUAUAGCGAUAAAGGUCAGUACGUCAACUCACUACAUAAUACUAUUGAGUCACAAUUUUUGGUCUGGUAGUAUACUACUUAAAAGUCUGAAAUAGCAUAAUUAUUGAUUUUGAAAAUGACUUUUGUAGAAAGUUGAAAACCAAUAGAAAGUAGGUUGAUAUGUCGGUAACACCACAACGCAUGAGUUGUUAUUUAAGUAACGAGUACCUAAUUUCGUCCAUAUUUAUAAUACCUUUUUAGUCCUAUUACUUAUUGAAUGUUACCUACUAAUAUUGUUCUUAACUUGUGAGCCAAAAUCUAAAUGACUAUUACUCUGUCAGUCGCCGCGCGAAUAAACGAAUACUUUUUCUGAGUUAGCAAUACUUCUAAUGCUGUUCUCGUAUUGUUUGAUCUAUCCAUCUCUUUCUCUCAAAGCGUCUCGCCGGCAUGAGUGACAGCGACAAAUAGAUUUUAAAAAAUACGGAAACAGUAUUAGGAACUAGCCCUACUGGUUUCGUAACAUAAAAUAUGUAUUUUUUUAAUUUAUUGCUACAUUUUUUAUAUUCAUGUUUAAUGACACUCGAUGAAACAACACGCUGUAGCUUUUUUUAACCAUUCGAUCCCUUUCACACUUGCACUAGAACGUACAAUUGUACACUUUUAUGAUCUCAGACAUGCGAUAUAGUAUUUAAAACCAUCUUUUAUAUCUAUGUGUAUACUUACGUAAAAGUUUCAAUGUGCAAGUCUUAUUUUUAUCCCAUUUCACUUUCAUUGUGUAGAGAUCCACGCGGAGCGUAAAUAAAACACUGCGUAAUUGGUCACUACGUACUUGCUAUGUGUUUAUUGUUGUACAUACUUGCCAAAUGCUUUUACUAUAAAAACAUGAAUGUGUGUAAGAAUUCUAGCCACGUGUUAUUUUAUUUUUUAUCUCUUUUUGUUGCCAAAUUGACAACGCACCGUAUGAUUCAAAUUUACCAAACACAUUUGGUAUCCACGUGUAUCUCAUACUUUAAGUAUGUAGAUUUAUUUCACUUAGAACCGAUAAAAUAGUAAUAUAAGUCUAUCAAUAUGUGCACGUAUGCAAACAACUUUUUACAUGUAACACUGUCGAAUAUAUUUGUAGAUCGUUUGUUCCUGUUUUAAACCAAAAAUAGACAGUGUACUUUAUAAAUGAUGUGUAAAAUAGAACAAAGUAGAAAUUCACGUUAUCGAAAUUUCGAAAUGUAGUUUAAUUUGUAACUUAACAUACGCGUCACCUAUGGAGGCCAUGUUAUUUGUAAAUAAUACUGUAUGUGGUGUUUUAUUCCAUCAAUAUAUUGUUUGUAGUGUGAACUGGGUCUUAUAGUCAGAAUAAGGGUGAGCUAUAAGUA